UAACAAGGUAAAUAAGAAAGCUCUUUUUAAGCCAAUAGUAGUGACAGCCACAAGGAUGAAUAUCGACUUUCUUUGUUCGUGAAAACAUUGGACGUGUGUGAUCUCUUGCUUUUUGUUCACCGUUUCACGAUUGUAAUGAUUUCUGACAAGCUGAAUAUGGGAACCCUUAUCUAUAUACAAAUUUUCACAAAUACACGGGACGAAAAACGACUGGAAAAUACCACUAGGGUUUUGAGCAAUGGAAAUGUAAACGGGACAAAUUUUGAACAGUAAAGUGUUUUUGACCUUAUUCGAACUUAUUUAUUAGACAAACAACGUAGUGACGUUCAGUUCUUGAAUUUUAAUCCUAGAAAUAAUUAAGUGGUGCUAAAUUCUACUUUAAAAGACUUCUUCGAUUGUUAUAAAAACACUACUUUUAUUUACAUAGUUACAAAUCAAAAUCUGACAUCCUCUGUCUUUUUUUUUCAUGAACAGUAUAUUUUGAUAGUCCAGAUAAUUCUCAACCCAGAGUAUCUGUUGGUCCGAUUGCUCAUGAGGAAAGUGAUCUUGCUCAUUUUGAUUGCGAACUGUCGGAAAAGCUAAUUCAUCAAGAAGGUUCCUUGACUCAGAGUGAAAAUAAAGAGAAUAUUGGAUCCUUUUUUGAAUCGACUGCGUUAUCUAGCACUCAAGACUCGAAGUAUCCAUCUCCAUCCACUUCCUCGUUAUCGUUAUCAAGAAUUAAACUUCCAUGGUGUACUCCAUACGAUUGCCAGUUUUUACCAUUCAAAUCAAAACGACCUCCUACUAAAAGUUUUAUACAAAGUGAUGGCCAUUUAAGACGUAGUAAACGACUACGUGUACCAGCUACACAUGAUAGGAAUAAAGUAGUUGUUUAUGAACCGGAUAAAGAUGAAUAUGGUUUAGUUUAUCAAAAACCAAUUGGAUUAGCUAUAUUACCUGACCCAGAUGAAAUUAACAGACGUCAAAAAUUUCUCAAUCGUUUAAAACGUUGUCAAAAUAAUCGUACUCAGUUUUUAAGAAAUGAAAAAAUCAAUCGAGCAAAACGCCUUCAAAAGCUGGCCAAACGUUACAGAUCACUGAAAGGUGCACAGAAACCUGAAACAGAUCCAUGUAUGCGAAUUCAAUUGGAUCCAGAUGUUGAAUGGAUAUCACAUACAGAAACACAGUUGCCUAUCGGGAUCAAUGAUGCAUCUCCUUUCCAACAGGUGAUAUAUCCAGAAAAUGCACAAUUUCCUCCAUUCAAAUUUUCUACUAUGGAAUACUCGAGUUACGUAGUUCCAGCUUUAUCUGGUGCUUUUCCAAGUAGAACUAAGACUCGUAUACCUUGUUUUGAAAUGAAUGCAAAUCUUACGAGGAUUGUCAGUAAGGAACAAGAAAGACGUCAACUUCAUUAUGAUCCGAACGCUAUAAAUGUAUUCAAAAUGAUGUCAAGUCCUCCUGUUCUUAUGAAUAAUAACAGUUCUUACAGUCUUUAUGCUGUACAGAUUGCGAAAUUUGCCAUUCCUUUAACAAAACCUUGUAUCGUAUAUAUUCCAAAAGGUAUACCGUACAAAUUUUUAAAUGCAACAAAAGAGAACUUAAAUCUUUGUCGAAUAAGAUAUGUUUUAACUUGAUUCUUUUCUUUUAAAUAAUUUUAUGUAAUUUUAUCCGCUUCACUUCUGUCGUAUAUAUCUAUAUAUACACUUUUAUACCGAUUGUCAUUAUUUUGAUUUCUCUUGAAUAAAUAUAUUUAAAUGUAG